AUGUUGGCUCCAACUUCAAACCGAGAUAUGGAUGGUGAAAUUGCUGCCAAAGACAAGCCACUUGACAAGGCUGGCGACGAUUCCUCAAUCAGAAUCGUUACCGAAAAUAACAAAAAUCCUUCGGGCGCUGAGGAUACCGAGGCUAAUGAGGUGUUCAAACUCAAUGGCCAGGUAAAUUAUCGUACCAUGGGAUGGAUCAAGGCCUCUAUCAUGUUUUGCAAGUUCCAGAUCGCUGCCGGUAUUCUUAGUAUUCCUGGCAGUUUCCAUGACCUCGGUGCUAUCCCAGCCAGCAUCCUUGUCUUUGUAUGGGGCGGACUGUCUCUGUAUGGCGCCUUGCUCAUGGGUCAAUUCCGUCUCAAUCAUGCCAGCAUUCACUCGGUUGGCGACGCCGGUACUCUGAUUGGGGGCAAAAUUCUCGGCGAAGUCGUGGCUUGGAUGUACUUCUUUUCAUGGGUUCUCCCUGCUGGUGUGACAAUGCUCAGCGUCUCGAUUGCGUUCAAUACUCUGUCUGAUCAUGCCCUGUGUACCAUGACUUUCACGGCCAUCGCUGCCGUCCUAUGCACCAUUCCGGCACUCAUGCCCAAGUUUGGACAGAUUGGCGUCUUGACCUGGGUUGGAUUUGUUACCUUGUACAUAUCCAUUUUGAUUGUUGUCAUUGCGGUAUCUCUCCAGGAUCGCCCGGCUGCUGCGCCUACCACUGGCACAUACGACCUUGAAUUCUACUUGGUAAACAAGCCAACUUUCAGCGUGGGGCUCGCCGCCUCCAACUUAAUCCUGACUUCUUACGGUGGUACUACUGCAUACAUUCCUGCCUCGUCGGAAAUGAGAGACCCUAAGAGAUACUUUAACCGCGCCGUUUACAUAGCUCUCACCAUCACUACUCUCUCCUAUUUUAUCCUCCCUCUGAUCGUUUACAAGUACUGUGGUCAAUACGUUGCUUCUCCCGCUCUAGCAUCCGCAGGCCCGCUCAUCAAGAAGAUUGCGUAUGGUAUCGCUCUCCCAGGCCUCGCCAUCACUUGCACGUUGUUCCUUCACACUUGUGGCAAGUUCAUCAUGGUCAAGCUUCUUCGCGGUACUCGUCACCUACAGGAAAAGACGUGGCAGCACCGAUUGACCUGGUUGUGCUCCGUGGUAUCGAUUACAAUCGUUGCGUUUGUCCUCGCUACAGGUGUUCCAUUCUACAGCGAGCUACUCAGUGUUCUGGUUCUAUUCACUACUCCCAACACAAUCUCGCUCCCCAUGUUGAUGUGGUUCUAUGAUAAUAAACAUUUCAAGCGGAAGACAACGUGGUACGCCAGUGUAAUUCAUGGCAUCUUUCUCGUUGCUGGUCUAUUCUUUGGCAUUGCAGGUUGCAUAGUAUCCUGUCUAAACAUCAAUGAUCUGUACAAGGAGGGAAAAGCCGGCGCUGCCUUCUCUUGUGCCGACAAUGCCGUUUGA